GCCAGAAGCGAGCACCUAAGCGGGGAGAACAGCAAGGAUUCAAUAACAGAGGAGCAGAGGUGAAACAAGACAAAACUGAAUGGAGACCGUCUUUCCGGGAAUACCGUUCCUAUGAAACAGAAAGACAAGUGGAAUUCACAGUGGAAAGAAAUCUUCUUUCUAGACCAAUUGAAAGAUUAGACCGUGAAAGGCCAUUAAGAGGUCGUGGCGGAGGCAGAGGUGGAAUGCGAGGUAGAGGAAGAGGUGGUGGAAUAAAUAGAAGUUUUGAUGGCUUUGACCAAAGAGGAAAACGGGAAUUUGAAAGACAAAGUGGGAGUGAUAAAAUUGGGAUGGAACAGACUGCUCCUAUGGAAGAGACUGCAGAAACAGCUGAGCAGCCAGGGGCAUCUGAAGGAGAGCCUCUGAACAAAGUUGCUGAAGGAGAGCCAAUGGAAGAAGUAGUUCAAGAAAUGACGUUAGAUGAGUGGAAAAAUCUUCAGCAACAGAAUCGACCAAAGCCUGAAUUCAACAUCCGGAAGCCAGAAUCCACUGUUCCUUCCAAAGCAGUGGUGAUUCACAAGUCAAAAUAUAGCGAUGAU